AUGAUGACUAUGGACGUCGGGAUGUACAACAACCAGCAGAACGGGUAUGGAAGCGCGGAAUACUACCAGCAGGGCGCCACUUACCAACAGCCUUACGAGACCUAUGAAAGCUAUUACGAGCCCUCCUCCCAUUUCUACGAGUUACACGGGCAGCAGCCACAUGACCACCCGACCCCGGUUAUAAGCACAGAGGCGGGAUUGUGCUAUACGAAUUUGGAUUAUGGGGAGCUUCAACCCAACUACCCAUUACAUACGUUGCCUCCUCAUCCAGAACCAUUUAAACACAGAGAAGAUGUUCCAAGACCAGAGGAGAUGCAUAUGCAUGAGCACAAAUUAGACAAUCAUUACUUGGAGACAAAAUAUAACAUGCAUUUUGUGGAUGAGUCAGCGAUACAGUAUACGAGUUCGCCUCUUCCGUGUGCGGAAUUCGAACAUUAUCAGCCAAAAGAUGAGUUUGGGGGUUUGAGAGAGGGUUUCCCACGGGAAGGGGAAUGUGUGGGCACGCACAGCCAUAUUCCCGGGACACACCAGCAGCACCCAUCGCACUCGGCUGUACCUACUUACAAAUGGAUGCAAGUGAAGAGGAAUGUUCCUAAACCUACAGGUAAGUUCCGCAAAAUUUCAUUUAGAGAGACCUAA